GGGAAUAAGUCCAAAUUAUUUCCUCACACAUGGCGGCAGAGAGAUAGGCUUUUCGUGAACAAUCUGGUGAAGAAAUACGCCUGAAAUGACGGCGAACUUCGUUGCUCCUGUGAUCCAGGAGAACCCUACUGGGUGGGGGCCAUGUGCGGUGCCGGAAAAGUUCAAAGAUAUCCCUUAUCAGCCCUUUUCGAAAGGAGACAGGUUAGGAAAGGUUUCAGAUUGGACAGGAGCUACAUAUCAAGACAAAAGAUAUUUAGGCAAGUACUCGUCACAGUUUGGUUCUGGAAACCAAUACACGUACUACCAUGAACAAGAUGAGUCAACGUUCCAGCUGGUUGACACGGCACGCACCCAGAAGCCUAUCUACAUGCGCAACCGUAUGCGCUUCACUCAGCAACGCACAAUGCGUCGUGAUCGUGAGCGUCGUGAACAGCGACAGCAGGUGAAUAUGCAGACGCUGACCAAGGCCCAGAAGGAGAGACAACGACAGGUGCGCAGACUGCAGAAGCAGUACGGCCGCGGCCGGCAGAAGUGGUCGGACAAGGGCAACAAUCGCUUCUGGAAGUCUUCGGGCCCCGUGAAGGCUCGCAGCGCCUCAGUCCAAGUGCGAGGAGAAUGGGAGGUUAUAGAAGAGCUUGACUUUCCUCGUCUUAACAAACUCCGCUUCCCUGAAGCAUCGGAUCCAGAAGACUUAGUUACCUGCGGAGAGAUGGAGUACUACGACAAGACAUUUGAUCGGAUAACAACAAAGUCUGAGCGGAGACUAGCAAGGGUCAACCGGAUCUUCCACAAGGUCACCACAACAGACGACCCCGUCAUUAGAAAGCUGGCCAGUAAAGGCAAGGUGUUUGCCACUGACAUUAUCCUGGCUACUCUGAUGUGCUGUACACGCUCUGUCUAUUCCUGGGAUAUCGUCGUACAGCAUGUUGGAGGCAAGCUCUUCUUUGACAAGAGAGAUGACCCAGAAUUCGAUUUACUGACAGUGAACGAGACGGCAGUUGAGACUCCUCAAGAUGAGGGAAAUCACAUGAACUCACCUCGCAACUUGGCCCUAGAAGCUACCUUCAUCAACCACAACUUCUCCCAACAGUGUCUCAAAAAGAAUGGGGAGCGGUAUAAGUUUGCUCAACCUAACCCCUUCCAAGAAGAUGACGAGUCAGAGGUGGCCUCUGUCGGAUAUAGGUAUCGUAAAUACCACAUCGGUGACGACCUGGAUCUGAUUGUACGAUGUGAGCAUGAUGCCGUCAUGAUGGGUUCCAAUGGAGAGAAUCAGUUCAUCAGUAUGAAGACACUCAAUGAAUGGGAUUCUAAGUCACUGGGUAUUGCCGAAUGGCGCCAGAAGCUGGAUUCGCAGAGGGGAGCGGUGCUAGCCACCGAGCUGAAGAACAACAGCUUCAAGCUCUCCAAGUGGACUGUAUGUGCCCUGCUCAGCGGUUCCGACCACAUCAAGUUUGGGUAUGUUUCCCGCCUGAACCCACGUGACUCAUCCAAGCAUGUGAUUCUGGGGUCCCAGCAGUUCAAGCCAGUUGAGUUGGCGUCACAGAUCAAUCUGAACAUGGAUAACGCCUGGGGUAUACUGCGCUGUAUCAUUGACAAGUGCUUCAAACUGAAGGAGGGCAAAUACCUCAUCCUGAAGGAUCCCAUGAAGCCUGUGAUUCGAAUCUAUGACAUCCCUGACAACACCUUCAGCUCGGACGACGAUGCGGACGAAUCGUCCUCAGAAGAAGAAGAGGAGGAUGACAAUGACGAAGAUGCCUAAACAGCCAGUUGUAUGGAUCACCCUACAAUCUUGAUACCAGUGAACACAGGCUCUAUUCCAUCAGAGAGAAAAACAGGACAAUUUAAAGGCAUCCGGGGCCACCCCAUGCACAAACGAUCAUGUGGAUUGUGUGCCGAUACGCGCAAAUUUCAAUUGAUACGCACAAAAAUUACUCCUUUGUCAUUUCGGUUUCUAAACUAAGUCUCUAAUGGCCCCUUUUAUUGUUCAAACCAAGUCUUAAAUGAUUGAAUUCUGCAUUAACUUUUGAGUCUCAAGUAAAUGUUGUAGAUUGGUUAAACAUGUUUAUUUAUAAUCAAGUAGAAUCAACUAUGUGGUGUUACUUUUCCCAGACAACUUUUCAGGUUUUAGUGUAGUGUUGUGCGUUUACACCUUUUUCAACCAUAUUCAACUUCUUCAGUCUCGAUGACAAACAAUAAUCACCCACCUCAAUAGGUUUUUUUUCCCAUUGUUGAUAAUCACAAGUGUUGUGAUAUGUAAAUCCAAAUUCAACCAUCAGGGCCCAAUUUCGUAAAGCCUGCAAGCACACAAAUUUGCUUCCUGAAAAAAUAGGAGCCAUGAAUUUUGGCCCAGAUGUAUUGGCAUAAUGGCAAAACUAUCACACCACUAUUUUACAAAUUGAGUGCUCUCUCAAACAAACUAGUCUUGUUUAAAGGCGUCUGUAUAUGAGAGCACUUGUGGCAUCUAGCAAAGCUUAGUAGUAUGGCUUGAAACAUCUUGAAAUAAGACUAAAUGCUUUGAAGAUGAAGUUUUCUCCUAUGAUACUUUGUAGUUGUAGGGCUUAAUUACAACAGGAGUUUUGCCCUCGGGGAUCUUUUAAUAAGUUACACAUUGUUCUUUGUAAGCAUUGCAACAAACCAGAAAUAAAUAAUAACAAAUUACCAAUAAAAUAUAUG